CCUCUGUGGUAUUUUCACAUAGGUUGUGAAUCUUUUAUCUGUAGGUUGUAUUUGUAUCUGAGAGGUGAAUAUUAAUAGUCUGUUGGCAGCAGAAUGACUUUCUUAAAAAAGGGGUUUCCCUGUGUAUGGGUGGAUUAACCUUUCAAAAUACAUGUUUCUACUUAAACCACUUAGUUACUGUUUGAUUCAAAGAGUCAUAAAGACAGGUCUCCGUAUUAGACCUUGUAGUGCGCUUACCUAGACCUGAGAGGGACUUUCAGGAUAGAACAUGAUUCCAUGUGGACGGCUCAUAAACAGAAAUGAGAAACAGGACGAUAAACUGGUAAUGUUCACCAAUCAAUCUGAAGAUUCUGAAAGAUGUGAAAGCAUGGAGCUGGACAAAAAAAUCCAGGAUCUGAUUGAGAGAAAUGCUUCUCCUCAUCCAAAAGGGUUCACCCCACAGGCCAUGCCAACUCACAGAAAUCUGUGUUCUCCGAAGACUCCAGGAAAAACAGCUUCCAUGGCACAUUUUGUACAGGGCACAUCUAGAAUGACUGCUGCAGAACGUUCUACAGAGCAUAACGAGUGUGCUGAAUCAUCAACAAGAAAGAACUUGACAAAUUCUCUUGAACAAAAGAUAAGGUGUUUAGAAAAACAGAGAAAAGAGCUCCUGGAAGUUAACCAGCAAUGGGAUCAGCAAUUUAGAAGUAUGAAAGAGUCAUAUGAAAGAAAGGUAGCAGAGCUGAAGACGAAGCUGGACGCCGCAGAAAGAUUCCUCAGCCUGCGAGAGAAGGAGCGGCAUGAGAGGCAGAGAGAGGAAGACAGGCAGAGAGAGGAAGACCGGCAGCGCGACCUGACCCGGGACCGGCUGCAGCGGGAGGAGAAGGAAAAGGAACGCCUAAAUGAAGAAUUACGUGAAUUGAAGGAAGAGAAUAAGCUUUUAAAGGAAAAAAAUGCUCUUGUGAACGAGGAGAAGGAACAUUACGAAUGUGAAAUAAAACGCCUUAAUAAGGUUCUUCAGGAUGCCUUGAAUUUCAAGUGUUCAUUUUCUGAGGACUGUUUGAGGAAGUCUCGAGUGGAAUUUUGCCAUGAGGAGAUGAGAACAGAAAUGGAAGUUCUGAAGCAGCAGGUGCAAAUAUACGAAGAAGACUUCAAAAAGGAACGAUCAGAUCGAGAGAGACUUAAUCAAGAGAAAGAGGAGCUACAGCAAAUUAAUGAAACUUCCCAAUCCCAGUUGAACAGGCUGAAUUCCCAGAUAAAAGCUUGUCAGAUGGAGAAAGAAAAACUAGAAAAGCAAUUAAAGCAGAUGUAUUUCCCAACCUGUAACUGCGGCUUGGUUUUCCACCUGCAAGAUCCGUGGCUACCAACAGGCGCUGGAGCUGUGCAGAAGCGACGGGAGCACCCAGUUUCUCCUCAGAAAAGAAAGUCAAUCAGUAGAAGUACACACUAACAGAGAGGGACAACAGGCAACGGGGGACCGUGGCUGAGGACCCUCUUCUUUGUUUAUACAGAGGCUUGUUUAUGCCACAAAGGCACAUCAUCUACCCUGUUAUUUGUGCCUGGUCAUGUUUCCCUUUGGCCUGAAUACAGGAAAAGGCUUCUGACAGCUGAGAUCCUGAUCAAAUAGGAGUCGUCCAUUAUUAUACAACCAAAUACAACUUCCGGUUUCCUUGAAAUGAGACUUGGCAGAUAGAUGAUGCACGACUCCCUGAAAAUCUCUUCAGCAUAUUGCUGUUUGAUGCACAAAAAGGAUUCUAUGAUUUAAGCAGCUCAAUGUUUGGUGCAGGGAUAUUGUAUGUUGAUUUAAAGUGCA